GUGCUUUUGAAGCUGACAUUGUCCUCUCUCUCUCCAUCUCUUUGUGGGGACAUUUCUCUCUUUCUCUCUCUGCAAGUUUCAAUGGCUACUGAAUUUGUCAACAAGAUUCAUCCUGAAUACCCUCAGAUGAUUUAUGAAGCCCUUGAUACAUUGCAACAAAAAGAAGGCUCAAACAAGUCAUCAAUAUCAAAGUACAUUGAAUCUAAGUAUGGAAACAUGAAUGAUGCACACUCAAAGUUGCUAACUUACCAUUUGGAUAGAAUGAAACAAACUGGUGAACUUCUUUUCCUAAAAAACAACUACAUUAAACCUGGUCCAGAUGCACCCCCUAAGCGUGGCCGCGGCCGACCACCAAAACCCAAAACAACAUUGCCACAAGGAACAGAAAUUGCAGCUCCAAAGCCAAGAGGUCGCCCGAAAAAAGACCCCAAUGCACCACCUACUUCCAAGAAACCAAAACCAACAAGUGUCCCUAGUGACUUAGCUCCUGUUUCGAAAACAGGAAGGCCUAGAGGUAGGCCUAGGAAGAUUAGGCCACAGCCACCACAAAAUGGUUUAGAGUGAAGCUGAAAAAUUCGCGGACUUGGUUGAUGGUGAUGACUUUUAUAACUCUGUUAUGUUUUAAGUUUUCUUGGUUGAUGUUGUAGUUGUAACGAGAUGUGUUUCUUUUAGCUGUGCAAUGUAGAUUGUUAGGAAAGCCUGUACUGAUUCAAGAUUCACAGUAGAUAGGAAGGUUAAGCCACAGCCAGCACAAAAUGGUGUAGAGUGAAGCUGAAGAUUUGUGGACUUUGUUGAUGGUGAUGACUCUUUAUGACUCUGUUAUGUCUCAAGUUUUUCUUGGUUGAUGUUGUAUUUGUAGUGAUUUGUGUGUAGUUCUUGUAGCUGAGAAAUAUAGAUUGUUAGAAGAGUGUGUACUUGUUUAAUUCUUGUUGAUUCAAGAUUCACAUUGAAAAUUUGUGGGAUCUUAUUACUUCAUUUGGCUUUGUU